UUGAAUGAUUAUCAGCUGCGGCGAUUGGCAGCCGGGCGUGUAUUUACGCAUGGAGAAGUGAUUUGUUCCUUAACCGCAGAUGAGCGGGAAGAUAGGCUACAUCAACGCCGGCUAUCCCAAGGCUCGGCUAACAAAACAAGGCCGUACGGAUUUCCCGUAUUGUAACAGGCACGCACGUACUUCGACAAAGAAACGCAGAAAAAGUAAAUCGAAACAUAUUAAGACGAUAACUAAAGCUAACCAGAAGAAACGUCCCACGUGCACCCGUGUUAAUUAAUCAAAGUCCAUGCCCACUGUGCAUUGAAAAUACUAUUACACGCGCAAGCACGAAUGAAACGCCGCACUAGCGUAACACUGCGGCGAACGCGCCGUCGAUGGCGCUACAAUGUAGCGGUCGGCGUUAUCCUUCGCGCGGAGCGUAGUCUCGUUUACUUCUGUAGCGAUUGCGCAUGCUCCGAAUAUUAGCUACUGGCAGCUUCGCCUGGAAGCCGAAGGGUUGUAAACUGAACUUAUUGGUAAAUAUCUGUGUGAAUGAAACCUCUGGGACAGCGCGACAAGAUCCCCACAAGAAUGAGGAACACGAGCGCAGAAGCCUUCUGAGUCUUUUAAGUUUUUCAGAAGGGUGACCAGGAGCUCACGAUGGCGAAAUGCUUGAAUGCCUCUCUCCACUUGGUCAAAAAAAAAGUUGACGUCGCCGACUGUCCUUCACUCUGGCCAACCAACAGUAGACAUUAUUUUCCCGGAAUCUUCGUUUCUUGUUGCCAAAAUGUCCACAUCCUUGGCGUACCGCAUGCUUGCGCAGGCACGCUGUACGGUCGCAGCGAUAAGCUUUAGGUUCACUUUAAGGUUUGGACAGUGGUGCAACCUUAUCGCAUUAAUUAUUUGCAGUACGCCCUCUGCGGCUAUAAUCAAAACGUUGAACCUCGUUUCUGGCGCCUGUCAUAGCAUCACUGUUGGCUUUGGUGUGGAAAAAAAAUAACCAGAAUCGAGUUGGUUCGCUAAAAGCCUUCGUUCCAUGACUUCGAUAUUAUUUACGAGAACUGCCGCCAAAACGUAUUGAAAAAAAAAAAAUGAAUAAGCGAGAGAAACUAUUUUCUCACGUGUUCAGAAGCAGUCCUGUAGAUGUAUCAAAACAACGUUCUAGUGCACUUUAUAGUUGUUUCUGCUUUGUUCUUAUUUUAAAUACCGUAUCAGCUGCCAGGCAAAGAGGUUCUAGGCUCGCCCUCUGCCGAAGCCUGAUCUGACUUCCAUUUUAUCACGUUUCCGACUGCGUAUUUCCAGCCUAAGGGGCCAAGGACUUUUCUUAUCAAUCGACUCCCGUCGAGAUAACGAGUCGCUUGAAUAUCAAAUGGCUGCAAUGGAACACUAGCACAUGGGUGCCUAACGUUCAGUUCGAAUAAUGUCAUGUUUUUUCGCUCACGGUCUGUAUCUCGUCUUUCACUCCACGUCUUGCAUUGCCGUACUCACGCGAACUGAUCAUCCAGGCUUAACUUCUCUCGAGUUUGCCAUUGAAGUCUAUCGGGGUGAAAUGCGAAAACACCCCUGUACUUAAGAUUUAGGUGCACGGUAAAGAACCACAGGUGGUCGAAAUUUCCGGAGUCCUCCACUACGGCGUGCCUCAUAAUCAGAAAGUGGUUUUGGCACGUAAAACCCCAAGUUCUUUUUUUUUUUUUGCCAUUGAUGCCUGCUCUCGCAAUCUAAUUUGCUGCUUUAUCUCGCAUAAUAUUCCUCGGUUGAUAUUGUGGUUACCCGAGGAAUGGCUCGGAAGUUUUGAGUUCUUCAGUCACCAGAGACCGAGUAAACCCUCGAGCAAGUUGCGUUCCCGCGCUACUGCUCCGUUGCAAUGUGUGUGUGCGCACGCGCACGGAGCGGCUCGUACAUUCUUCCAGCCGGUAGCUUCUAAAGGAAUUUCGGGGUGGGCAGGGUCGCGGUGCGUGUACCACACAGGAACUGCCACACGCCACGUUUACGCGGCGGAAUGGGGAGGGCAGAUGGAGAGGGCGGACUAUGUUGCGCGAGGAGGACGGAACAGUCCAUCGGUAACACUGCAUCACCGAGGGUGCGGGGAAGAGGGGAGUUACGCACCUCUGGCCCGGACCAAGAAACGCAAGGUGACGACUGUACCGAAGCAGCAAGAGCUCGGGCUGUUUCGGAGGAGGGCAGGCGUUCUCUCCUCCUCGUCCGUCAUCUAGUGUACGUCCGGGUGUGAGAGAGGAGGAUGGGAGAGGAGGACAACUGGGUAAGAGGAGGAGGAGGAGCGAAAGAGCAUGGCGGAGGAGAAUGGCUGCCGCCGGGCUCCACGGCGGAGAUUGCCCGGUCAUUGUGUCAGUAGUGCGCGCGCCGACGCGGAUGCGAGCGGUGCUUGCGGGGAGCGGCGGCCAACGCCUCUUGGGGAGCGCUGCUGCGACGAAGACGACCGACGGAUCGAGUCACGCGCUCGUUGCGCCCCUGUUGCCCGAGAGCGAGCGCGCGUGUGUGUGCGCGAUCGCGUUUUCGCGCGCGCUGUUUUAGCGCCGCUAGUGUGAACGGUGGUGGUGCCUUUGAGGCGCGCUGACUUUGACGCGUGCACCAUGGGGCCCGCGUCGGCCGAGGCGACUUCGGUGCAAGUGCCGGGAUCUCCGCCGCGCGUGCUGCCAGGCUACGUGUCCUUGGUGCUCGGCAAGGGAGACGUCUCGCGGCUGGACAUUGUGAGGCAUGGAUGCGGGUUGGAGAGCUCUUCGAGCGGCGGCUGCCGGCUGGCGCAGGGGACCAGCAGCGGCGCCAGCUGCGGCGCCGGGGGCGGCGGCCAUGGUUCGUCGUCCUCUGCCGCCGCCGCUGCGGCCGCGGCGCGGCCCGUCGAGCUCGCCUUCCGGGGCCUGAGCGUGUCCUGCGGCAGCAAGGCCCUGCUGCAGGACGUCUCCGGCCUCGUGCGACCCGGAGAGAUGCUCGCCGUCAUGGGACCCUCCGGCUCUGGCAAGACAACCCUUCUGAAUGCCUUGGCUGGUCGCAUCCGCAUGGACUCUGGUGUUGUUCUACUCAACAGUGAGCCACUGAACAAGCAGCUUCGCAGGCGCAUCUGUUAUGUCCUCCAGCAAGACAUAUUCUUUCCAGACCUCACACUCAGGCAGACACUCAAUUACACAGCACAGUUGCGGCUCCCCGAAAGCAUGUCGUACCAUGAGAAGAUGGAACAUGUCAACCAAAUCAUUGACGUCCUGGACCUCUCAAGGUGUCAAGACACAAUAAUAGGCGAUGUGAUGAAGCGUGGCUUGUCUGGUGGCGAGAAGAAGCGUGCGAGCAUAGCCUGCGAGCUGCUCACGAAUCCCACUGUCAUGCUCAUUGAUGAACCCACCUCAGGUCUGGACUCCAGCACAGCGCAUUCACUCAUGUCGACCUUGAAGGAGUAUGCCCACAGAGAAAACAAGACCCUCGUCAUUACCGUGCAUCAACCCUCUAGCCAGAUAUUCUACAUGUUCGACAAGCUUCUCUUGCUCUGCAAUGGCCAGACAGCCUACUAUGGUGACGUCAACAAAGUAGUUGACUUCUUCAGCAGCAUAGGUCUUCAAAUCCAGCAGCAUUUUAACCCAGCUGAUUUCAUCCUUGAACAAGUGAAGAGGUCACCCGAAAUCCAAGAGAAAAUUAUCCUGAGCGCGCAAGAACUAAAAAAACAUCCAGACUACCCAAAGCAGCUGCUUGAAUCUAGCGAGGUCUACCACAGCCCAGAAGACGUGGAGAGCCAGUGCAACUACAACGGGGCGGCUGCGAACGUCGUCAAUUGCCCGCAGUGUCACAAACAUGUUUGGAAGACCUUCCAGCACAAGCACGCCGAGGAGGACUCGUGUCACAAAGAGCUUCAUGGGGACAACCAGCAGUAUGUCUGGGCUGUGUCGGAGGAUGACAAGCCAGGCACAGAAAAGUCCAAGCAAGUGGAAUUGCGAGUAAUGCUUGACCCCGAGAAGAAGAUCCCCACAGUGUACAGCAAAAUUGCCAUUCGUGACGACGAGGACUCGGGUCGCUCUUCGUGGUCUGAAGUUGGCAGCUCCGUGUUCAGCAGCCAGGAUGACUUGGGCCACGAGCAAAAGUGGCCAACGUCCUUCUGGACUCAGGUGUCAGUGCUGACGCGGCGCAACUUCCUCGAAGCCAAGGGCCGCAUGCUGUCCAAGCUCAACUGGGUCCAGACCAUCGGCCUGGGCGUCGUGUGCGGGCUCAUCUGGUUCCAAGUGGACCGCACUGAAGACACCAUUGCUGAUAUUAGGGGCUGGAUCUUCUUCAGCACAACAUACUGGAUGCUGUUUGCGUUGUUUGGCGCACUCAUAUCUUUUCCUCCUGAGCGUGAAGUGAUCAACAAGGAACGGGCGUCAGGCGCCUACCGCCUGUCAGCCUACUACCUGGCCAAGAUGAUAGGGGAGCUGCCGCUGACAUUGACACUACCGUCUGCAUUCCACCUCAUCGCCUACCCCAUGCUGGGCUUUCACAGUGCACAGACGUUCCUCAGCUUAUGGGGUUUCCUCGUCCUAAGCACAGUAGUAUCGCAGAGUGUUGGGCUCUUCAUCGGCGCCACCUGCACCGACCUCCAAGUGUCUGUGACAGUGUCGGCACUGUACUCUCUGUCCACAAUGCUCUUUGGGGGCUACUACGCAUCUUCCUUGCCGCACUGGUUACGGUGGCUGCAGUACUUUUCCAUGGUGCACUACGCCUUCCAGAACAUGCACAUAGUUGAGUUCAGCAGUGGGCCGGAGGUCAGGUGCCUGUCGCGAAACUCCCACUUCACAGCCUGCAACACCGGGGGCAGUGUCAUUCCUGUUGAGGACAUCAUAGGUGACCACGGCAUGCCGCUGCCCAUCUGGGCCAAUACUUUGGUACUCAUCAGCUUCCUCGUCUUCUUCCGUGCACUAGGAUACCUUGUGCUGCGAUACGUACAUAAGCCCAAAUAGGACAAUCUUGGCUUAGUAACCCAAGGACUAGCUUUAUGCCGCCGUCUUGAUGGCAGUGCGGUGCCGUCUUUUUGCACACAAGGACCACAAGCCAACAAACUUUCUAUUCAUUACAAAGCACAGAGAACUGCGAGAGGUCGCAGGGAAAAAAAAAAAAAUCUGCAGAUCGCCUCAUCUCUUCGCUUUUCAUCGAGCAUCGGCAAGUUGCACCGACUCUUCAGGAAGCUUCAACACACUUUCCUAAUGACCAACCAUGCAGCUAUUGCGAAGUCUUACUGGGAGCGUAGCUGCUAUGCUGCCACCUUCUUACCUACAAAAGCCUUCAAGCCACGAUGCCUGUGAGCCUCUUCUACAUGGUCUCGAGCCUGCCUGUAACUGAUAUUGAUCCAAGUGUGUUCUUCAAGGACUGCUUGAGGCGAGAGGCUGCAAAGAAGGUGAUGGUGCACAACAUCCAAUGUGCCAAAAAAAAAGAAUGAAGAGGACAUUUCCAGGAGGAGCUUUAGCCCCUGCACAGGCAAACCCUUAUGCCCACACAUGAUGACGCCUGCACAUGUCGUGCACGAAGGAACUCUACGGUACAAUGGACGCUUCUGUGGACACUUGAAAUGUUGUGCCGGACUGGUGGUGUGGAUGCUAUGACUACUGCUGCGAGUGAUUGGUGUGACUGUUUGAUGAGUGUGAAAGGAAAUGCGCGUGCGUUGUGCCGUUCUUCGCGGCGCUGUUGCCAGCGAGCAGUGGAGCAUCCUCCGAGGUGCAGUGGAAACCACUUUCAUCACACACGUACACGCGCAGCCACCUACACGCAAAUGGGUGAAUGAGAUGCCCCGGUGAUAGAAUUUCCCGGGGACAAGAGUCUCUCACUCGUUUGUCCUGAAGCCCUUCUCUCCUCCUUGCGCUUCUACAAUUUGCCUGCCGAAAAGAGGGAGAGAUGGAAAAAAGCACUCGCCUCCUCAGUUUGUCUCCCCCCUCUUAAGGCCAAGAAAGGGAUUAUAGCUUUGUUCUUGCCUCCCUGCUGAUCCCCAUUUUAUCCCUUUGUUUACUCCCUUCCCCUUGGCUGAAAUGAAACUGCUUGUGUUUUGUUUUUGCACGCUGUGGUAUGGAUCUCACGACGGCAAACGCCAUGGCGCUAGCAGUGACAUACCAAAGAAAAUGUGUAGCAGAUGCGCAAGUUAACUCCUCGCCCUCAUCCCCCUCCCCUGCGACAAACGGUGAGAAUGUAGAGAGAGAGAGAGAAAGCGAGUAAGUACUGCCAAAACCUGCUGCUUGCUGUUUUGGAAAAAACUUAAACACAGAAAGCUAGCAAGAAGAAAGAAAAAAAGAAAGCACAUUGUACUAUAGUAAUAUCGCCUCGCACUUCAUGGGACUACUACUGUGAGUGAGGCAGCAAGUGAGAAGAAAGGGAAUCUUUCCAUUUUUUUCUCUUUGUGUAUGCCGCACUACCCCAGACAACACACAAAUACUCUUGUUAUUUUUAUAAGGCUGCUUUUUUCCCGGCACUGCUGGGAGGAUAGAUGUGCUAACUUAAAGGCUGCAUCUGUCAGCCUCUUUGUGGACUUCGGGGUGCACACAAAUGUGUUUUUCUCUUCUUGUUCUUUACAGUCUGAAGAAUGCCAGCAUUCUUAGUCUGGUAUAUUUCCUUUCACCAAUUCAUGUUGGGAUGUGUGCGUUUCUGUGAAACCUCCUUGCUUGUCUAGAUGUCAUUUUCCCAACUUCUUUCUGCUGUUUACCGAGAAUCGCCUUUGCAACUCGGCUGAAUAUUUGCCAGGUGCAGGUCACUUGGAAUGCUUAUAAAACAUUGACACUUGGUUGUGUCUGAGCUGUUAGCUGCAAGCCUGGGAUAAUCCUGAGAAAUGUGGUCAUUUUGUCGUUCGCAUGUGAUUGCAGAAGUUGUGAAGUGUGUUAAUCUUGCACCUAUCUAUACAAGGUGUACUUACUGCCAGUAUGUGAGACAAGGGACGUGUUUCAUGAGAUGCUUUUCAGACUCUCGCAGAUUUAACAAAGUAACUUGUGUCACUUUCUUACAUUGUGGUCACUGUCUAGCAUUGCUGUUGCGCGAGUGUCAUUUUUUUCAACUUCUGCCUUCACAGCAAAUUAAUGUGUAGAAGUUGCUUUAAUGAAUUAUUAACAUUGUUGCAGCAAUGAUUAACCCUUUAAGGGCACGUUUUAGUGUUCCAUAAAAUUGUGCGUAAUAUUUACCGUUCCAGAAUCCAUGUAGUGGAAGUUAUGCCAAUCAGAAUUAACUUUCCCAUACAUGGAACUUGGGAACCAUUUUUAUUGCACUUUCGCUCAGUAUUCCAAAGGACCUGCACUCUGUGAGCAGCCGUGAAAAUGUUCCAUUCACAUUUCUGCCAUGGUCUGAUUUGUACGAAGCACAUAGCAGACUUCAAAGACAUAAAAUUGUCAAAUUGGCACUUGUUAAACCGUAAGUGUACCGGGUGUAUUGAGCAAACUGACAUGCAGUUGCUGCAACACUUCAUUCCACAGUGCAUGCACGUUUGUACGAGACUUGGCUGUAGACGGCUUUUCUUAACGCCUUUUUUCCUUUUCUUGCUGUCCCGAGUCUCACUUUGCAGAUACGUGCAAUUGGCCAUUGUUGUGCAUGGUUGUUAUCGUAGAGAGGUUGCACUGACUGCCAGUGCUCAAGCGCUUGCAAGCAGCUGAGAGGAGGAGACAGGAAGCGUACAGAACUAGUUUUUUCUUUUCCUCUCCUUUGCUUAUGAGUAUAUAAAAAAAAAUGUUAUUGUAAGAGCUAGUUAAUAUAUUCAUAUGAACAAACUCGUUCGUCGAUUCCAGUCCUCAGACAAAACUCUUGAGCAACUUGCGUUUUUGACUCUGGCAGCCAGUGAAAGCAAAAACUGUGCUCUCAGCUCCUCUCGUAUUUGUUGUUGUUUUGACCGUGGGAACUUUCUCUGCACACCACUUGUUGCGCCCAAAGGGCUGCAUCUUUCCACGCUGCUAAAAUUGUUUUCUUUGAACUGUGAUCCUCUUGUGUUUGACUCUUCUUGCAAAGUGAACAAAUUUUUCCCCACUUGUCCCUUCCUCAUUCUAAAUUUGUAAUUGACCAUUCGCUUUGCUUCUGAUAGUUCCAAUGCAGGCAUGUACCCUCUACCACAAGAAAAAAGAAAAAAAAACAUCCGCCUUCUCACUCCCACUUUUUUUUUUGUUGUUGUUGGUCUGUCCCGGGCAUUAUAUCGAAUGAACUAAAGACUUAAAGAGCUUCUGGCACCGGCAAUGUACGGUGCACAGACACUUUGUAUCAAUGUUGCCUGCCACUUUCUGCGACUCUGCCCUUUCCGGACCGCACAACCUAAUCUGAACUUGUUUUCGGACUCCUGCUUCAGAAAUUGUUUCUACCGAUUCCCUCCUCCUUGUCGCAUCCCACCUGCCCCCUCCCCCACCCCUCUUCGUACAGGAGUCCAACUUGGUGGCCUUCGAGUCGUGAAGUGCAUAACCACAAUGUAAUAAAUUAUUUUGGAGUUUACUCCCUCUCCUUAUAAGUUUGUAUUUAGGUUCUCUUCAAAGUGAUUCUUCCUCAACCCCUUUGCCCAUGCCAUGUAUCCCUGCCCCACCCACCACCCACGCCUUCUCAUCUGUGUUUUUUAACCCUUCAUAAGUCAGUAUUUCCUCUCUUGACCAAGUGUUUGUAAAUAUUUUCACCGAUUAUUAAUGUCCUUACGAAUUAAAUGUUUCAUCUAUUUUAUUAUGCA